CUAGAAACCACCCGUUGUCCUCCUGAGGACACCCAGAGCCCUGGCAACAUGAGUUCAAUCACGUUCACUGAGCUGGUUAACAUUGCCAUACCACAAUGCGGAGUGAUGAACUUUCAGGCCCUGCAUCUCCUGCUCCAGAGCAUCCUGGACCACAUCCAGAUAGCUGAGUUCAAGAAGGUCCUUUCCGGGCACGAGGACUUCCUCCAAACCCCACAAGCUAUGCUCACACCUAGAGAGGAUGCCCAUCUCAGCAUCAGCCCUUCCCAUAAUGUCUUUGACGAUGUGAUGGACCGUAUCAAGAAGAUAGAGAGUCAACUGGUCACAGCUCAGGACCUGCCCACUACCAGCCAGCUGCUGGAGGGCAGCAAGGGGACCAACCAGCCUGCCCAGGAGUUAUUGAAUCUGAUCAAGCUCCGGAAGAAGGUGGAGGGCAAUGAGGAGGUCAUAACAAAGUCCAUGAAGACCCUGCAGGAUUUGCUCACUGACAUUCAAACACUCAAGAUCACCACUGAAACCCUCAAGAAGGAUGUGGACAUGCUGAAGUUUAUGUAUGAAAAGGUACACCCAGAAAAAAUGGAUCUCUUUGGUGAAGACUUGAAAAUACAGAGCCGGAAGUUGAAUGGACUGCAGCGGGACGUGGCUUCUCUCCAGAACAAGAUUUAUGCUGUCCCCAAACCUGAGGAAAUGGUGCUCUGGAGUGGCCUCCACGAGGCUAUGUUUACCCCGGGAGCUGGUGUGUCUGAACGGGAGCUGCCCAACCUGUGGCAGAGCACGAGCUCAGGGCCUACACGUGACCAUGUCAAGGAUGCUGGACAAGUCCAUGGCUCACAGGCCAUCCAAAGCCCCGCCUCCUUGAAGACUGGGCUGCCAUCUGAAGUCCCAGCGGCCCUGUCACAGGAUGGGUCUGCUCAGGCCAUUACCUACAGCAGCUCCCAAGGGCUAGUGUACCCUCAGGCCCCCACUUCUGAGGCUAGGCCUGUGCCAGGGCCUGUGCCAGGGCCUGUGCCAGGGCCUGUAUCAGGGCCUGUGCCAGGGCCUAUGCCAGGGCCUAUGCCAGGGCCUAUGCCAGGGCCUAUGCCAGGGCCUGUGCCAGGGCCUAUGCCAGGGCCUGUGCCAGAGCCUGUACCAGGGCCUGCGCCAGGGCCUAUGCCAGGGCCUGUGCCAAAGCCUGUGCCAGGGCCUGUGCCAGGGCCUGUACCAGGGCCUGUGCCAGGGCCUAUGCCAGGGCCUAUGCCAGGGCCUAUGCCAGGGCCUAUGGCAGGGCCAGUGCCAAAGCCUAUGCCAGGGCCUGUGCCAGGGCCUAUGCCAGGGCCUGUGCCAGGGCCUAUGCCAGGGCCUGUGCCAAGGCCUAUGCCAGGGCCUAUGCCAGGGCCUAUGCCAGGGCCUAUGCCAGGGCCUAUACCAGGGCCUGGUGUAAUACAGAGUUUAAUGCCAGCCCCUUGGCCUAGACCUGGACCUGUGCCAGGUGCAUGGCCCCCUCCACCAGGAGGCUGGCCUGCUCCUAGAGGCUGGCUUGGGCCUGGCCCUUGGCCUGUCUGGGAUAUGCAUACCUUCCAGCCUGGCCCCCUGCAGCCCCCUCAGGGCCUGUCCAGGGCUCCAUCCCCAGCCAUGGAGUUUGGAUCAUCAUGGCCUGGUUCACUCCAGCCACACCAGCCUUCCAAGACAGCAGUCCAACAGCUCCCUCCUGUAGAAGAAACAGGGGAUGAAUAUUAUAUGGAAAUAUUUGUGGAUGAAAUCCCCAAAGAUAGGGUUCCCCAGGAUGAGGAUCUCCAGGAUGGGAGCCCCAAGGAUGAGGGACUCCAGGGCAGAAGACGCCGGGAUGGGAUUUCUAUGGAGGGGGCUCUGAGGGGAAGAAAGCACAAGGGCCCUAAAGGUGGGGAACAGAAGGAUAAGGCCCUAGAAACACGUGAUAAAGCCUCCCAACCUGCCCUGAAGAAGCUGAAAGCCACUGCUGCCUUUGCUGUUGCCACAGCCUCAGCCUAUGCAGCUGCUGCCAGCAAGGCCGCCCGGGCAGCCAAGGCUGCUGCCAAAGCACUUCAAGAUGUCCCUGCCACCAAAAUGGCUACCAUGGCAACGAGUCUAGCUGCAGCAGGACCCAUGGGGGUCUUUUCAGAUGUCCUGGGUACAGGACAUUCCCGUGGGGCCACCUCUGUAGCCUUCAGUGAUGAUGACCUGGAAGACAUAGAGAUGGACUAUGACACGUUGCCCACAGUACCUGCGACUGUCCAAGUCAUACCCAGCACAACCCUGUCCCAGGCCAUGGUGUCUGCUAUGCAGGCGUCAAGUCCUGAAGACAAGAAGAAGGCUGUCAAGCACUCUAUGAGCCACAUUGCCCAGAUGCCUGGGAGACAUGACUCCCUGAAGGAAGAGUUUGCCCAGCUGUCAAACAUCCUGAACGAGCGCAUAACUUAUCUAGCUAACAUGGGAAGCUCCUCCAGGCUUGAGACCACAGUGGAUAUCUUGGAGGAAAAGAUUGAUAACCUUCAGAAAUCCAGGCUUCAGGAAGAAGAACUUGAGAGAAUUUGGGGCAAGCAGAUAGAGAUAAUGAAGGAUCAGUACAUUGUGCUGUCCAGGACGGUGGAAAAGCUGCAGAUUCGCAUGGAUGACCUCAAGGGUCUCCGGACUGACAUCAAGAUGCUGGAUCUGAACAAGGCGGACAAGAGGGCAGUAGAGCAUGAACUGAGUGAAAAAGCUGACAAGAGCACCUUAGCUAGCAAGGCAAACCGGGCUGACCUGGAGACUGUGGUGACAGAGCUGAAUGAGAUGGUUCAGAGCAUGCUUUUCAAGGUCACAACCCAAGAGGGCAACUGGAAGAACUCUCUGAAGCAUCUCAAGAAGGACUUCAACACCAAGGUGGUCCACAGUGAUCUACAAAACUUGAAGAAAGAUGUGGAAGAAGUCUGGAAGAUAGUCAAGAAGCUUAUAAUAGAGGGCCUGAAAUUCGAUCCAGACCGUGCUGCAGGCUUUAAGAAGAAGCUGUUGGAGCGUGUGAAGUGCAUCUCCUGCGACCGGAGGGUGGAGAUGAUGACCGUCCCACAGCUGAUCACCAUCCACGGUGCUCAAGUGACGCGGCCUGCCAGUGCCAACAGCUAUGGCUACCUGCAGCGAGAGCUGAUGAGGGAGCAUCAGCAGCAGGUGCAGUUCCAGGACCUGGUCCAGGAGAAGAGUCUAGGUUCCCAGCAGGACUGGGGUGAUGGGCCUCGACUUGACAGCAGCCUCAAGCAAAAGCAGGGUGACCUGUCAACACUGUACCCUUACGGGGACCCCAAAGUGAUGAACUAUGACAGCGCUGAAGUGGACAUCCUGGGAGUGGACGGGAUCCUGUACAAAGGCCGAAUGAACAGUCAACUUGGGGCCCGGACUGUGGCCACUGGGGAGAAGGAGCUGGCAGCCACGAAGGUUCCGUGUCCCUCAGCUCAAAACCUGAGUGAGUGGAGUGAGAGAGUGCGCCCUGGUUCCUGGACAGGUGCCACCUACCCCUCCCUGGGCCCUCGCGCCAGAGUCAGCUCUGCCAUCUCGGUGCUGGCUCAAUCGACACCCCUGCCACCACUGCCCUCCCUCCAGAGGGACCCCCAGGAAGCCCCUGGGCCCACCAGGCAUUCAAGAUCUCUGCACAACGAAUUCCGAGCCAGCACACAGGCUGUGGAGGAGCCCACCAACCCGUGAGCCCCAACCCAUGUGCUCACUGUCAUAGGGUGUAUCUGCAUUCCACAGGCAAGACCUGGGGCCUGGACCAGCCCCAGGAAGGGUGCAGGGGCCCUGGAUAUACGGGGAGGGGUCUUCAUAUAGGGCCCGUAUCAAACCCGUUGUUUAACUUUGUGUAUAAAUACAGCGCAACCCUUAGCCAACAUUUUC